CUUGACAAUUCCUCAGCAUUGCCAUUGUUACGGCAAGACAUGUAUAGCUUCGCAUUCGUUUAAACUUACCCCCAUCCCUAAUUCCUACAAACUUUCUCCAGUCGUGUUCAUGAUCGCGCGGUAACCCACGUCACUACAACCACCGAAUACAUAGUCUCCUCCCAUAUUUCCGAAUUGCUCGCGCAGACGAGUCGCAUAGAGUGCGAGAAUGUCUACAACCCUCGGCUCCUUCAUAGCUGGCGGCAUAGCAGCAUGCGGUGCAGUCACAGUAACCCACGGCUUCGAGACCGUCAAAAUCCGACUACAACUACAAGGCGAGCUUAAAGCGAGAAGCGACGCGCCGCGGUUAUACAAAGGCGUCUUCCACGGUGUCAGCGUCAUCUUGAAGAAUGAAGGACCCAGAGGUUUACUACGCGGCCUAGGAUGCGCAUACGUCUACCAAAUGACCCUCAACGGCUGCCGACUAGGCUUCUACGAACCCCUCCGCAAAACCCUCACAAACGUCGUCUACAGCGACCCAGCUGUCCAAUCCUUCGGCAUCAACCUCUUCGCAGGCGCUUCAUCCGGUGUCCUAGGCGCAGCAGCCGGCUCCCCCUUCUUCCUCGUAAAGACGCGGUUACAAUCCUACUCACCCUUCCUACCCGUCGGCACACAACACAACUACCGAAACGCCGUCGAUGGCAUGCGACAAAUAUACAGCGGCGAAGGAAUCAAGGGCCUGUACAGAGGUGUAGGACCAGCCAUGGUACGCACAGGUUUCGGCAGCUCCGUACAACUACCCACGUAUUUCUUCGCAAAGAGACGGUUAGUGAAGCAUCUGGGCAUGGAAGAGGGCAUGCCGCUGCACAUUGCGAGUAGUACGGCCAGUGGCUUUGUCGUUUGCUGUGUCAUGCACCCCCCGGAUACCAUCAUGUCGCGCAUGUACAACCAGACGGGCAACUUGUACACAUCGGCUUUUGACUGCUUGAGUCGGACGGUCAAGACGGAGGGCAUCUUUGCGCUGUACAAGGGUUACUUUGCCCAUCUGGCGCGUAUUCUGCCCCAUACGAUCUUGACCCUUACACUCGCCGAACAAACGAUCAAGCUCAUGCGCCUGGUAGAAAACCGGAUAGGGGUUUCAGGGAGCAAAGAGAAGAUAUGAGCAGACGUUUCGUGAAGAGUGUGGACUAGACUUGCGUAUAACACCUACCUUUUCGUGGUGCUUGUUCAAGCAUCCAGUCCUUCAUGAGAGGGUGCAGAUGCCUGCGAAGAAUAGGAACACACCGAGAACGGAGCGAAGCCUUUCGUACACAAGACACAGGACCGAGAGAGAGUUGAAUAGAUACCAACAUUAGCUGGCAAAUGGCCACUCAAAUGUAAGAAUCUGAGAA